AUGGCCUCGGAGUUCGAAAAGAUCAGGCUGUCUGGGAUUUGCAGGUCCGCCGCUGGCACGCAGGGGCCUAUUGUCGCCAAGGCCUUACCACCUCGAGCUUCCAUGUGCGCUACCUUUCCCCGGGAUCAAGCUGCGGCUGCGGCACUAUUUACGACGGUACCGGACUAUGUAACUCGUUACGCACCGCUCGUCUGGCUACACUCGGAGGACCCAUUCAGGCCAUCGGACCUAUUCCAGCAUGUGCGCCAUACCACGCCCAUGGUAGAUGGCGAGCCUUUAGACGGGCUGCCGGAGCUCGACCUGGACAACCUAGCUUUGCUGAACGACAGGGGACCCGACGGCAGUCCGGUCGCGCUGACGGCUGCCAGUGGUGAGGUUACACAUCUGCCCGCUUGGCUUCUAGGGGAGACGCCGGAUGAGACUGGAACGCUCCACAAUGCGACAGCCUGCGUUGUGAUUCUAGUUGAGUUCGAGGGGGAGUCUGGCGACCUGGGGGCAUUUUACUUCUACUUCUACUCCUACAACCGCGGCGCCAAUAUCACCCAGGUGCUGGAGCCGAUAAAAGGCAUGCUAGAGGGGGAUGUCGAGCCCGGAAUGCAUUUUGGAGACCAUGUCGGGGAUUGGGAGCAUAAUAUGAUUCGGUUCCGGGACGGGAAACCUACUGGGAUCUAUUUCAGUCAACACUCUGGCGGCGCUGCUUAUGAAUGGGACGACACGGCCCUGACCGUGGAACACGAGCGACCCAUUGUCUACAGCGCAUAUGGUUCUCACGCGAAUUAUGCAUCCCCUGGAGACCACGUCCACGAUGCGGUGAUAAAGGAUCACUGUGACCGAGGCCUGCGAUGGGAUCCGGUGUCCUCGGCAUACUUCUAUAGCUUUAGACCCCUUACUUCCGAGCUGACCCGUAUUUUUCCACCUGGGUCACCCCAAGAACCCAACUUCACGUCAGCAAUCUACUUUUCCGGGCUUUGGGGCGACGCGCAGUAUCCGGAUAGUGACCCUCGCCAGGAGACCGUUCCCCGCUUCGGCCUGAAACGCUACGUCUCUGGCCCUUCAGGCCCAAUAACGAAGCAGCUUGUGAGGAAGGGCCUGUCUCCCGACCAUCGGGAGCCGAAGACUUGGGUGCAGUGGGGCGUCAGCCUCUUCAUGUCUCUCUAUCCAUGCUGUCUGCGUGGGUGGAGAGUCUGGGCUUCGGGCAUGAUACUUAUUUGCGUGUUGGUUUUGAUAGUCUUCGGCAUCAUUUACGCCGUGAGGCGGUACGGGGCAAGGAAAGAGGGCUACCAAAAAGUCGACACUGGUGCGGAUAUACCGCUGAACAACCUGGACUACAGGGACGACACCAUUGUACACGGUCACCGUUCCCAGGGCGACCAACAGUAA